AGAGAGAGACUUUUAGAGAGAGAAAGUUUGGUUUUGGAGAGAGAAAGAGAGAGAGAGGGGGGGCUGUUUUGAAGUUGCUGCUACUGUUUGGUGGUGGUGGUGUUGUAGUUCUCCAACUUCAAAGCUCAUAUUUUUGCCGUUAUUUUUGUUUUUAUUUUUUUUUUAUUUUUGGGGGUUUUUUGGUUGUUUGCAUUUGCAGAGAGGGAAAAAGACAAAGCUCUUCUUUUAUUGUUGGAUCAGAUUUGAUUGUUUGAAGCUUAUACAGUGUUGAUCUGAGCCUCUCUGAAGCUUUAUUCAACCUUGUUCCUCAAUUCUAAGUCUGACCCACAAUUUUUUCUAUGAGCCUUUUCUUCUGAGGAUGGACCAAAGAGUUGAACAGUCUCCUAAUGCACAAAGAGGGUUUCGAGUUCAAGCUCCUCUGGUUGAUUCUGUAUCAUGCUAUUGCAAAGUAGAUUCAGGCUUAAAAACAGUAGCAGGGGCAAGAAAAUUUGUACCUGGAUCAAAACUUUGUAUCCAGCCAGAUAUCAAUCCUCAUGCACACAAAAGCAAAAACUCUCGCAGGGAGAGGACCCGGUUCCAGCCGCCUCUUCUGCCUGGUCUCCCUGAUGAUCUUGCCAUUGCUUGCCUGAUUCGAGUCCCUCGUGUUGAGCAUAGAAAACUCCGUCUAGUUUGCAAGAGAUGGCACCGGCUUUUGUCUGGGAACUUCUUUUAUUCUCUUAGGAAAAGUCUUGGAAUGGCAGAAGAGUGGGUCUAUGUUAUCAAAAGAGAUCGUGAUGGAAGGAUCUCAUGGCAUGCUUUUGAUCCCACCUACCAGCUCUGGCAACCACUUCCACCAGUUCCUGUGGAAUAUUCUGAAGCCCUUGGCUUUGGCUGUGCUGUUCUAAGUGGUUGUCACCUGUAUCUAUUUGGAGGAAAGGAUCCAAUGAAGAGAUCUCUGAGACGGGUCAUUUUCUAUAGUGCUCGAACAAAUAAAUGGCAUAGGGCUCCAGAUAUGCUUCGGAAACGUCACUUCUUUGGUUCUUGCGUCAUAAAUAACUGCCUUUAUGUGGCUGGAGGCGAAUGCGAAGGAAUUCAGAGGACUCUCCGUUCAGCUGAAGUCUAUGAUCCUAACAGGAAUAGGUGGAGCUUUAUUUCAGAUAUGAGCACGGCUAUGGUGCCCUUUAUUGGGGUAAUCUAUAAUGGAAAAUGGUUCCUAAAAGGACUUGGAUCCCACCGUGAGGUCAUGAGUGAAGCUUAUAUUCCUGAAACCAAUACCUGGACCCCAAUCAGUGAUGGAAUGGUUGCUGGUUGGCGCAACCCUAGCAUCUCUUUGAAUGGACAGCUCUAUGCAUUGGACUGCCGGGAUGGGUGCAAGCUCAGGGUUUAUGACAGUGACACAGAUUCAUGGAACAAAUUCAUAGAUAGCAAGCUCCAUCUGGGGAGCUCCCGAGCUUUGGAGGCUGCUGCUCUUGUCCCCCUUAAUGGAAAGCUGUGCAUUAUACGUAACAACAUGAGCAUCAGUAUUGUGGAUGUUUCGAGUCCUGAUAAACAUGUGGAGAGUAACCCUCACCUUUGGGAAAAUAUUGCUGGGAAAGGUCACUUCAGGACUCUCGUCACAAAUCUAUGGUCCAGUAUUGCAGGGAGAAACAGCUUGAGGAGUCAUAUCGUGCACUGUCAAGUGCUCCAAGCAUAAAAAUCGGGUUUCACAUUGCUUAUUCUUGCUAUAGAAAUUUCUUCAUUUUCUUCAAUUAUCAUGAUAGGGUUGUUCCAUCCGAAAUGUUAAAAAGAGUAGCUGCAGUUCAUCAAUAUUGGGUUUCUGCACCUUCCCCAACAGAAAACUGCAUUUACUCUUUGUUCAUGUCUGAUGCUUAUCCCCAUCCCCUUAAUCAACAGUGUUCUGCUACAUGAGAGGAUUAGUUUAUGUUCACAUCCAAAAAGGUUUUGCUUCACAUCAGGCUUGAAGAGAAGGCAAAAUGGAAAAUAGGAAUGCGGGGUGUGUCUUUUUAAAGCCAAGGCGAGAAAUGUAGAUUUAGUGGAAUCUCCAUUUUCAACUCUCUUGUGAGAAAUUCAUUCUGGGAACCAAUGGCAUUUUCAACUUUUCAGAUAUUAAACAUGUAUUUACAAGGUAUGGGCUCUGAGGCCAUUUCUUUAUUUUCAUGAGGAGCAAGCAUAAUAGGCCUUUUGAACUUUGUAAAUCUAGUCAUUUGUCACUGGAGUUGACCGUCUCUCUGAUUGUGGGAUCUUAUAUCUUAGUAUUAAGUAGUCUCGGAGAUGCUUUGUGAAUAUAUACAUGGGUUAUUAAAGUUCUAAGUCAAUGAACAGUUAGAUUACAUCUUUGUGGGUAUACAUCGAAUUACCUUGCUUUUA